GGUACAGGCAGCUCGCCCUCGAGUCCUGGUACCUGGGAGCAAAUUUUGGGUACAGGUGCGAGCGCCACAGCUCGCGUGUUCUGGGUGUCGUCUCUUCAGUAAGGGUCCCUCUGGGACGGGCUGGCCGGGCUCCCGGGACACUGAGGUUCCCGCCGUCACGCACACCCGCGCGCCGAGGCCGCUCCAUCCACUACAGUGUUAGCGAAGAAUCAGCUUUGAACAAAAUGGAAACCCACGUGGGCCACAGCGUUAAUCCAGGAGCUGGGAUGACGCGAGGUUGACGCCGAAGCCCUCGCUGCCGCCACUUCCGGAGCGCGCCGGCUAGGUCCUCUCCCGGCCCCGCCCCUUGGGCCGAGCACCGCCCGCUCCGGAGUCUCUAUGAUACCAACUUCCGCCGCCGCCACACAACGCGAGACUUCGGCGGCGCAGCAAUGGCGAGACCAUGCCGCGUCACUGCUCAGCCGCCGGCUGCUGCACACGGGACACGCGCGAAACGCGCAACCGCGGAAUCUCUUUCCACAGACUUCCCAAGAAAGACAACCCGAGACGAGGCUUGUGGCUGGCCAACUGCCAGCGCCUGGACCCCAGUGGCCAGGGCCUGUGGGACCCGGCGUCCGAGUACAUCUACUUCUGCUCCAAACACUUUGAGGACAACUGCUUCGAGCUGGUGGGGAUCAGCGGGUAUCACAGGCUGAAGGAGGGGGCAGUCCCUACCAUAUUUGAGUCUUUCUCCAAGUUGCGCCGCACAACCAAGACCAAGGGGUACAGUGACCUACCUGGGCCCCCCGAUGUCAACCGGCUGCGGCGAUGCAGGAAGCGCUGCUCUGAGGGCCGAGGGCCUAUGACUCCAUUUUCUCCCCCUCCACCUUCUGAUGUCACCUGCUUUCCUGUGGAGGAGGCCUCAGCGCCUGCCACUUUGCCUGCCUCUCCAGUUGGGAGAUACAGCCCCUUCUCAGACCUUCUGGGCCCCCUGGGUGCCCAGGCAGAUGAAGCAGGCUGUAGUACCCAGCCCUCACCAGAGCAACAGCCCUCUCCUCUCGAGCCACGGCCUGUGUCCCCCUCAGCCUACAUGCUGCGCCUACCACCACCCGCCGGAGCCUACAUCCAGAAUGAACACAGCUACCAGGUGGGCAGUGCCCUACUCUGGAAGCGGCGGGCUGAGGCAGCCCUUGACGCCCUGGACAAGGCCCAGCGCCAGCUGCAGGCCUGCAAGCGACGCGAGCAGAGGCUACGGCUGCGGCUGACCAAGUUGCAGCAGGAGCGGGCACGGGAAAAGCGGGCACAGGCAGAUGCCCGCCAGACUCUGAAGGAACAUGUGCAAGACUUUGCCAUGCAGCUGAGCAGCAGCAUGGCCUGAGGGGCCACCUGGGCAGACUGCAGUCUCCUCCCUCAGUUUGUCUGGAAAGGGACCUCAUUAGAACUCUAUAAAGACCUGCCAGAUGCCAUAAUAAAGUGAAUUCUAGGA